AUGUCAAGCAGAGAUAAAAAGCUCUCCUGUGAGAAAUGUGGCAAACAGUUUGGCUUCAAGUCUACUCUUCAGAAACAUUUACUUACUCUCAAGACACACAUUCUUGGACACAGUGGUAUAAAGGAGUUUGAAUGUGAGGAAUGUGGGAAAUGUUUCUCCCAAAAGAGUAAUCUCAAGACACACAUUCUUGAACACAAUGGUGUGAAGGAAUUUAAAUGUGAUGAAUGUGGGAAAUAUUUCACCCAGAAGAGGACUCUCAAGAUACACAUUCUUGGACACAGUGGUAGAAAGGGGUUUGAAUGUGAGGAAUGUGGAAAACAUUUUGCACUAAAGGGUAAUCUCAAGAAACACAUUCUUGUACUACACAAUGGUAUAAAGGAGUUUGAAUGUGAGGAAUGUGGGAAAUGUUUCUCCCGCAGCCGUUAUCUCAAACGUCAUAAACUUGUGCAUGAAAAAAACAGAAUUCAAUGAAUGUUUGAAUGACUAACAAAAGGUAAAUUUGACACACAAACUUGAAUACAGUGAUAUACAUCAAUAUAAAACCACUUGAACAAACUCUAUGAAUGUAGCAGAAAUAAAGACAAGUGACAAAUGCCACUUUUAUAGAUAUUAAA